UCUACUUUCAUUAUUUCGCCAUCAAGUGGCAUCCAGUCGACUAUUGUUAUUGUGUGUUGAAGCCAACUUUUCAGGCAUAUCUAUAUAUCUUGUUUUCAACCAAUGAUUCAAUAGAACACUCAUCUGGACAGAGACAGAAGUCACCAAAAUUUAUAUAGCCAACAGAAAUGCCCGUGACUUCUGGCACCAGUGAACGUCGACUUCUUGUCCUGUACGGAAGUCAGACGGGGACAGCUCAUGAUGUGGCUGACAGAAUAGUCCGGGAUGCUAAGCGCAGACAUUUCUCGUCCAAAGCUGUUGCUAUGGAUUCUUAUAACAUGGGUCAGCUUAUCAAGGAGCCUCUGAUUGUUUUUGUUUGUUCGACCACUGGCCAAGGAGAUGCUCCAGAUAACAUGAGGAUGUUCUGGAAGUUUCUUCUAAGAAAAGAUCUGCCGAGCACUUCUUUGACCAGUGUCCAGUUUGCUGUUUUGGGCUUGGGUGACUCAUCAUAUCAGAAAUUCAACGUGGUGGGGAAGAAGCUUCAGAAAAGACUGGAACAACUCGGAGGUUCCUCCAUCACGAAGCUAGGGCUUGCUGAUGACCAGCAUGACUUGGGAGUGGAUGCAGUGGUAUCUCCCUGGCUGUCAGAGCUGUGGGCCAAAGUGAUGGAAAUGUGGCCCUUGCCCCCAGGCUUGGAAGUGAUCAGUGAGUCUGUGUGCCCUCCCCCCAAGUACAAAGCCGUGUUUGUGGACAUGGAGUCUUCUCAAGAGGAGCGACCCCUUCCUGUGUCCAGUGAUAUAAGCCCGGGCCCUCUGUGUCCAUUUCAUGCGAGAUUAUUGUCCAAUCAAAGAGUGACCGCCGCCGACCACUUCCAGGACGUCCGUCUCAUCAAGCUGGACAUCACUGGCUCGGGACUUAGUUUUGAACCUGGGGAUGUAGCGAUGAUUCACCCGGAGAACUUAACCGACACAGUGGAGGCUUUUCUCUCUCUGCUCGAACUCAAUCCAGAUCAGAUGUUCAGAUUGGAGGAAAAUGAUCCAGAGGUGCCUCUGCCCGCCAGAUUCCCGUCCCCUUGCAGUAUACGCUGGCUCGUCACGCACUAUCUGGACAUCAACUCAGUCCCGCGGAAGUCCUUCUUCGAGCUGCUGAAGUACCACGCCGAUGAUGAGCUGGAGAGAGAGAAGCUGGAAGAGUUCUGCACCCCAGAAGGACAGGAAGAGCUGUAUUCAUAUUGCAACAGAGUGAAGAGAACCAUUUUAGAGAUUCUUGAAGACUUUCACAAGACCAGUAAACGGAUCCCAUUCGAUUACCUCUUUGAUGUCAUCCCUGCCCUUCAGCCCAGAGCUUUCUCCAUAGCUUCUUCAAUAAAGGCCCACCCAACCCAGCUGCAUCUUCUCAUGGCUGUCGUUCGCUACCGUACAAAACUUCAGAACGCACGGCGCGGCGUCUGCUCCACCUGGCUGUCCAGCCUCAGUCCGGACAGACAAGACACGUACGUGCCCAUCUGGGUCAAAAAAGGGACCAUACGAUUCCCCGCAGACCACGAUGUCCCUCUUGUGUUGGUGGGUCCAGGUACAGGUUUGGCACCAUUCCGCAGUGUUAUACAAGAAAGAGCUUCUCAAGGAAAAGGUGGUGUGGUGCUGUUUUUCGGCUGUCGCAGCAAGCACAAAGAUUUCUUUUGUGAGGAGGAAUUUGCAAAGUUAGAGGAAAAGGGUCUCAUCAGCCUACACACAGCUUUCUCUAGGGAUCAGGAUGAGAAAAUCUAUGUGCAGCACCGAAUCCGUGAGCAAGGCAGGCAGGUGUGGAAUGUGCUGAGUGAGCAGAAUGGAGCGUUCUACAUCGCAGGGAAUGCUAAGUCUAUGCCUGACGACGUGAAGGAGGCGCUGUGUGAUGUGAUUUCUGAGCAUGGAGAAAUGACGAAAGAACAGGCCGCGACCUACAUUCAAGCUCUUGAGAGAGUUCGUCGCUUCCAGGUGGAGGCCUGGUCAUAGCCCUCCUCCGAUUUGCUUUAGUUUCAGUUUUGGUAAAAGUUUUACAGUACAUUCAACACAAUUAGGUCAUAUAAAUGCUGCAGAUUAGAGGUGUUACUAAAGAGUAACAUUCAAAGAAAAGAAGGGGGAAAGGUAAGGACGAUAGAUCUUUGAUAAAAAAAAAAAAGCCAAUCCAGAUCUGCCAAGUACUCUGGCUAAGCCCUUCGAUUAAAUUUGGGGAAGGGGGGGGG